AUGGAAGAUAACCCAACCUUGCGACGGUUACUCGAACAGAUCGAGUUGAUGCGACAGCAACAUGCGGAAGCGAUGGAAAAUCUUCGUAAACAACAUGAGGCCGACCUCCAACAAAUGCGUGCCGAGCAUACCGCUUUUAGAAAUCAAUGGCAACACCAUCAACCACCACCACAUACCAGUCAUGCUUCUCCUGUCGCCGAGGAACACCUCUCCUCCCCAGAUCCUACCUAUCCAACUCGAUCUCAUCAUUCUGAGCAAACCCAUAUUAGUCGUCCAGUUGGUGAUCGUCACUCGGUCCGCCGACACCCUUUUGUCGACGGAAUCAUGGAAGUUCCUCUUCCACCCGCCUGGAAACCGUUGAACAUUGAGCGAUACGACGGCACCUCAGACCCUGACGAGCACAUUGACGCAUAUAUCACUCAAAUUAACCUUUACACAAACGAAGAUGCCAUCAUGUGCCGUGUAUUCCCCACCUCCCUUAAGGGUGCUGCCCUUAGUUGGUAUACCCAACUACCACCCAGAUCGGUCGAUAAUUUCAACACCCUGGUGCGUCUUUUCUCCGCUCAGUAUGCCACUAGUAGACCUCAUCACAUCACAUCGGCCGCGCUUUCAAAUCUACGACAACAGGAUGAUGAAUCUCUACGUCAUUUUAUGGAGCGAUUCGCUAAUGUCUCUGUGAAAAUCCGCAACCUCAAUCCUGAGGUCGCCCUUCACUCCAUGCUUAUGGCACUGAAACCCGGGCCUUUUGUUGAUAGCCUCUGCCGACAUCAACCGGCGAGCAUGGAUGAACUUAGAGCGCGCGCGGCUGGCUAUAUCCAAAUGGAGGAACACGCUGAGUUUCAAAACUCGGUCCGUGAUAGUCUCAUUAAAGGCGAGCCUAGUAACAAGGAGAAGUCAAAAACUCAUCUCGACCAAAGAUCAAAGAGACCUCGUCAGUCACAAGGUCCCAGGUAUGAAUUCUAUACCCCUCUCAAAGCUCCUCGUGUUAAUAUUUUAGAGGAAGCUAACCAUGCAGAUUUGAUCUCCUUACCUCCUCCGGCAUUCAACUCGGCCAAUGCCGACAAGAGCAAACAUUGUCGUUAUCACCGAAAUUAUGGGCAUACCACUAAAGAAUGCUGGAGUCUUAAAGACAAGAUCGAAGAAUUAAUCCAAGCUGCUCAACUCGGACAAUUUGUCCAACGCGGCCAAGCUUCCCGAGGAGGCUUUCGUGGUCGAGGCAGAGGACGAGAUAGAUAUUCAAACAGGUAUCAAGGUCGUUACCAAGGUCAUCCAGGACGAUUUGAGCAGGGCAAUUACCAACAAGCACAAGCACGCGAAGAAAAUAAACCUAACGCGAACAGUGCUGACCCACAACAUGCAGAUAAAUCCUCUACGGAAAACAACUUGCGUGGAGUCAUUAAUACCAUUGCAGGAGGUUUUGCUGGUGGAGGGAGCUCUAAUUCUGCCAGAAAGCGGCAUCUGCGUAACAUUAAUAAUGUCAAUGAUCAUCACGACUCAGGAUUGAAACCGAACCCACCAACUCCUCCUAUUAUUUUCACUGACGAUGAUUUUGACGGAAUCAAUCUCAACCAAGAUGACCCCAUGGUCAUCUCGGUUGAAGUAGCAAACUGGGAGGUCCAAAAAACUUUAGUUGAUCAAGGUAGCUCUGUUGAUGUGUUGUACUAG